AUAAAUGCGCGAAAGACAUCAAAGGCCUAGUCGGCCAUGAACUCCUCAUGUGGUACGGCCGGAACUCCAGCACCCCCUUUCUACACCUCUGCUAACCAUGUGAAGCUUGGGCCGUCGUCUUCCAAUAUCUUUGAUUCAACAAAAUAUCUAUCCAAGAAGCGGGUCUCUCCUGAAGAAGUCCCAGCGCUACGCUCAGGUCCCUUUCCAGGUCGCACAGCAAGUGCGGAAGUCCGACUUCGCCGGGUACUGGGUCUACCGCGACAUCUCGGUGGAGGCUUGUCCGCAGGAUGCAGACCUCGUACUCUUCCACCUGCACGGUGGAGGGUACGUGAUGGGCCACCCACUCGACAAUGCGACCGAGCUCCUUCUCAUUGCAGAAAUCCUGACGCGCCGCAACUAUACGGUGGCAAUCUUUUCCCUCGAAUACACGCCUGCGCCUCGUGCGCCGCUUCCGACACAGCAUAACCAGGCUCUAGCCGCAUAUGCUUGGCUCACGACGGAACUGCACAUCGACCCAUCACAGCUAUAUCUCAUGGGGGAAUCCGCCGGCGGACAUUUAAUACUCUCGUUACUCCUCGAGCUGCAUCGGCGCACACACCUUGGAACGAUGAAACAACAACAACAACAACAACAACAACAACCACCCCUCCGUAAACCAGCGGCGGCGAUUAUGGUCAGUCCCUGGGUGAACCUGAAACCGUGCGGACCCGACGCACGAGCAAACUCCGAGGAGAUCGACGCACGCAGUGCAGCGUUCAAACAAGUUCUCGAGCGGUUCUCGCAGCUCGUGCUGCAGGGGUCGCCGCCGGAGACGGAGAGGCUGCACGGGAAUUUCGCCGUCCGGGUCUCUGAGCGCGGUUCGUGGAAGGACAUAUUACCAACCCAGACGUGGGUUUCAGCGGGUACAGCGGAGCCACUGUUCCGGUUUGACACCGAAGGGUUUGUGGAGGCUGCGAGGGCCGACGGGGCCCAGUUGAGCUUCGAGCUUGCGGAAGGGAGGGAGCACGUGUGGCAGACGCUGGAAGCUCGGAAGCAGGAGAAGCAGUUUCUGGCCAUGGCUUUUGGCGAGGAUGACCCGACUCUGAUGGCUGGGUAUCGCCAUAUAGCCGAGAUCAUAGUGUCAUGGCUGCGUGAAUCUGGCAAUCAGCGCACCAAGUGCCAUCCCUGCAAUCCCACGGGCUGAUCAAAGUCCAAGUCUCCAAAUUCAAGCAAUUUU